AAGAAAAGUGGGAAAUAAGUCCGAUGGUGUUGUUCCCCUGAAGUUCACGAGCUCUUCACUGGUGAAUGAGAUACAGAGGAGGAAAAACUCCAUCUCUUCAUUGCCAAUGUAAAAGGGAAAACCCUGUGAACCUGACAUGUCUCUCAGAGAGGAGCAGCAGAAGUAUCUGGACACUGAGAGUGCAGCACACACUGGAAUGGAGGGUCAGUCAAGGUCCUCUAAUAAGUACCUGCUGCUGCAGGUGUGGUGUGGCAUCCUCACUGUGGCCAUGGUGGUUAUGUCUGUACUUUUCAUUUCAAUCAAACCAAACUCAACUAAGGAAGAAGUCUCUACACUGAAGCCAGAAACUGUCAGUCCAACAGGUCUAACAGUCAACACUGCAGGUCCCUUAAAGCAAAAAGGAUCCUCUUCCUCAUACAUUGAGCUAAAAAAGUCUUUUGGCAGUCACUAUUGGCAAGAGUCAACCCCGAAAUGUCACUCCGGCUCCCUCGUCCUGCUUAAAAACACCAUCCACUGCAAUGACAACGGCAUCUACUUCAUCUACGCCCAGGUCACCUUCAACAAGCCUAAGAAAAGUCAAAGCAAAUCUGUGAUUUUGAAAAGAAAUGCCUCCCCUGGCAAACAAGAGAAGACACUGGUUGAGGGGACCUUCCCAAACACAACAGUGGGCACCGUGUGGGUGGCCAAGACUGUCAGGCUUACAGAGGGAGACAGUGUCAGCUUAAAUAUCACAGAUGAUUUUCAAGCAGACGGCACGUUGACAUUCUGGGGUGCCCAUCGGCUUCAUUAGCACUGCAGGUCUCCAGGAAUUUGUUACCAUAAAAGAGAGAAUAAUUUGGGGUUGGACUGCUAUGUUAUGUUUUUGGGGAUAGCAAAUCAUGGAACACUAAACUGCUGAAAGCUCCAUCUGACCAAAACCUUUUAAUAAAAGGUCACAUCUUCACAUCAUAUUGACCGUUGGACAAACAUAACUUUACAAAACAACAUACUGCAUCAGUCCAACCUUAGCAAAGUCUCUACAUUUUAGUACGCCAGCUGGUUCUGACUCUUGAAAUUGUGUGGCAUUUGGUGGUCUUGUAAAAUUUUAAAUGAACUGCAUUUUAAAUUGAAUGUACUGUUGAACUGUAACUGUCUGGGGCAUGAAUGUAUUUGUUUUCACUGCUAUGUUCUUGUGUAAUUUAUGAUAUUGAAUAUUAUAUCGCUGUGGUUUGA